AUGCAAGUUUCCGGUAUUCUACUGAUAGCUUUCGGCUCAUUCACAAAAGUCGCAGCAUUGUUGGCUUCAAUUCCUGACGCUCUCAUUGGUGGAGUUCUAACAAUGGGCGUAUCGAUGAUAGCCGGUGUAGCGAUGAGCAAUUUACAGCUCAUCGAUCUAAAACUGACUAGAAAUCUUUCUAUCAUUGGCUUGUCACUUAUAACCGGACUUGUUCUUCCAUUGCAUAUAGAGAAAUCACCGCUUAAUACAGCGCAGCCGUUGAAAUUUCUCGCACAUUUCGUCGACCUGGUGAACAUACUUUUCCGCCGUAAUCUUGUCAUUCGGAUUAAGGAAGUUGUGAUGGAUUCAACUAGUGGCAGACCACCAAACAGCCAGCAUGACUCCUUUGCCGCGACGUGGCUUCAUCGUGAUCCAACCACUGAGCCGAUCGUCCCCGGCUAUCGCAGAAGAUCCAUUUCUUGUCGCAUAAUAAAAUAUCUUCUGGGUGGCACAGAAGAACUGCUGACAAUACUUCAAAAAGUAGAUUUCGUUAAUUCUGACUCAAUUCGUGCGGCAUCCAUUUGUCGAUGUUUUCAACUUUCAAAUUUUCUUUGCAUGCUGAUAAGAAAUUGGAAUGGCUUGCAGAGAGUCCUUCCACAAACGUCCUAA